AUGGAGAUAUUUGCGCCGCUGAGGCCUGGGGUGGAUGUUGAAGGGAUUGUUCGGGCAGAAGGGGAUGGGGAGAUGUGGGAAUGGAGGAAAUGGUUGUUAGAUUCUGCAGCGGCUCUCGCCGACGACAAGUUUACGUAUCAUGUGUCACAGGGAAAGCUUGGGGGGGAUGCAUCUCGAUUUGUCUUUGAGCGCCAUGCCCGCGUCGGCGAGUUUAUUCCGUCACCAAUGAUCCCGAUAGAGCGAGUGCCUAUCCGGGCAAAUUUCAAAGAUACUGCUAUACCCCCAAAUCAGCAUUCACCAGUAACCCUUUUCUUCUUCCCAGCAACACCACCGUCUUCUUCAUCGUCGCCUCGCUUUCUCUUCCCCGCCCCCUCCACCUUUGCACCAGCUUCCGCCAUCUCGUUACUCUCCAGCGCAAUCUUCCCAGCACCAACUUCAUCGUCACUAAUGGGCUGCUCUCCCGCUAAACCCCUGUAUCCCACCAGUCUUGCUACCAGUGCCCAGAGUACAAUCAUAUCGGAAGACCUCCUGUCGGACGACUUCAGGAAAUACCUUGCGCAACCCGCACACGACCCCUAUCGGAAUACGGACGCCACUCGAGUACAAAUUGAUAUUCGCAUUGCUUUGAGCAACACCGAGAUCGAGAUCGACGCCAUAGGCUAUGUGGUACCGAAGGAUCAGAUUCCCAACCAGACCUCGUUUGUCCUAUUCGGCCAGCGCCAGUGUAUUAACUCGAUCCGAUAUAUGAGUGUCCCCCGUGCGAUCCUGGUGGCCAAAGGCAGAGAUAUGAGUGAGGAAGUCUGGGGAGAAAUUGUCGUCUACGAGUAUGUCAACGAUCUGGGGGACUUGAUCUCCAUUGGGGAUAUGGAAAAGACAGGAGACGGCGGGGAUGAGGGGAGAACUAUGUGGUGGGAGAUGGCGGGGAUGGCGGGGAUGGGGAAAGUUGUGUACGACGAGGGGAGCUGUUCGAUACCAAAGUAA